CGUGAGCGUAGAAUGGCGUUUCGAAAAAAGUGUUUAUUUAAUGUGCGGUCGGUCGGUUGAUUUUUAAAGCAGAACAAAUCCCCAAAAAUAUGUAAAAUAAAUAAUAAAACUAUUUAAAAAAUUAACAAAUUUUAAAUAAAAUACCAAUUCAAAUAUAAAUGAUAAAAUAAAAUUGAUUGAUUUUUGUGUGAUCCAUAAAAAAUAAGUAACUAAGAAAAGUUGCAUCAACAGCAGAAGAAAAGAAAAAAGAACGGGUGGCGACGUCGUCGUUUUGUAUUGUUCGUGGAUUUGUUAUUAUUUGCUGGUUGUUGUUGCUGUCGUGUGUAUGUUUAAGAGUGAGUGAGUGUGUGUGUGUGCGGCUUCCAUUCAUAUUGUUGGCGUAAACGUUGUAGUCGGCGUUAAUUUUUACGGAAGAUAACUUGUAUGAAAAAUACACAAUUUACUUGAAAGCUAAAUACAACAACAACAGCAGCGUCAACGCCGACGAAACGCGGAGUAGCGGCAUCGUCAUUGUGACGACGAUGAUUUAACAACAACAACAACUAAAAGAACAACGAAGUCUUAACUUUUUAUAUGUACGACCAAGCCCAAAAACCAAAAAAUCCAGUCAAGCAUUUCAGAUGCAGCUAAGCAUAAAUUAAAAAGAAAUUAAAUAAAAAAUAAUAGAAAUAACGUCUUAAAAAAUAAAACGAAAAAGUGUUUAAGAAAAAUGAAAUUGUAAAAAUAUGAGUUAAAGCUUCCAAAAAUAAAAAUCUACGAAAUAAAAAACGAAUUUUAUUAAUCAAAAUCUCAUACUCUUUUCUCCAACUUCCUUCAAAUUUCCUCUAUCACACAGUACAAUUAUCCAAAAAAAAAAAGUUAAAAAUUUGUAAAAAAAAAAUAUAACUAAAUGUCGUCGAUUUCGCUGUUAAUUAAAACAAUUUGUGAAAAUUAACAAAAAAUAUUCAUUAAAACAAAAAAAAAAAAAAUUACUUGUAAAAGAAAAGAAAAAAAGUUAUUCGCCUAAAAAUGUCAACCGAAGAGUUGAAAGUGGUUUUACGUCGCAGUAGCGAAUAUUCCGGUUUUGGUUUUUCUCUGUUGGGCACUACGGGUCCCCCACAUGUUAUCUAUGAUAUUGUAGAAAAUUCACCGGCUGCUGAUUGUGGUGUGGUCGAAGCUGGCGAUGUGAUUUUAAAAGUAAAUGGAACCGAUGUACAUCGAUACACAACGAAAGAGGUCUUAAAAUGUUUGCGUUUAUCGGAGGAUUUAGUAACAUUGGAACUGAAAAGAGAUCCAAAGUUGAAAGCACGCAUUAAAGAACAAUUAGCAAAUACAAAAAGUCCCCAUUAUAUAGAUAUAGAAACAACAAAUAAUUACGAUUAUCAUCAUUCAAGAACAUCAUCACCUCAUCAUCAUCAUCAACAACAACAACAUCACGAAGCUGCCAAUAAAUUACACUACGAUACGACGCACAAUUAUACGACGAUACAACAGCAACAACAAUCACCAACAUCUAGUUCACCCGCCGCCACACGUUACAAAUCAACGACAACUGCAACAUCAGCAGCAACAAACUUGCCACAACGUCAACAAUCAAGCAAUACGACCAAUCACAGUCGUAGCUCGUCAGCCUCAUCGGCCAAAAUACAAUUGGUUGAGGGUUUGGGCGGUGGAGGAGGCGGCGGAGGAGGAGGCAGUGGUGCCGGUACAGGAACUUCAACAACAGCCACCUCACCAACGAGUCGUCCCUCACGUAUACCUCAGGCUCUGAAGUGUCCCUCACAAAAAUCUCAACAAUCACCACAACAUAAACGACCCAGACCCUCACAAAUACCCACAAAAGCCUCACUGGCAGCAGCGGCAGCCGCAGCAGCAGCUGCCACUUCCACCAUAACUACGACAGCAACAACAACAAAUGGUACAAGUUUUAUGGUGGGCUCCAAUAACUUGCAACAUUCAUUUUCGUACAGCGGCAAUACAACGAGACAGGCAGGCAAAUCCUCUUCCUCCUCGUAUGCAGCGGAGGAGCGAGAACCGGAGCCCAACUCAGCACCACCACAACCAACAAAGGCACCACGUUUUGAGGCCUACAUGAUGACAGGUGAUUUGAUAUUGAAUCUAUCAAGGACACCACAAAACAGCAAUCUUCUGCCAGUGCAAGCUAAAAAAGUUGACUCGCUGCGAGACUCUCCCAACAGAGCCGCCGUGGCACGAGCUAAUGGUGCCCUGGCACCCAAAGCUUCUGGUGAAUCAUCGCCCACUUCGUCAUCAUCCCAAGAGUCUCCCACUCAUAGUACGGAUUCGGCGGAAUUACAAAAUAAGGCUAAAGCACGUUUACGUAAACAUCAACAAGCGCAGGCGCAACAAGACAGGGAACAGGAGCAACAGCAACAACAAUAUCAACGUGAUAGUAUUAAUAAUAGUUAUAACAACCGCAAGGAUUCUCUCACCAAUGACACUCUCCUACUGUGUGAAGAAUUGGAGAAGGAUGACGAAGAUGUCGGCGAUGAUGAUGACGAAGGGGAUGUGCACCGCAAUCGGCCACAUCAUCACCAUCAUCCACACCACAAGACUAAACACCAGCACUAUAUGCAGAAGCACAAGCAACACUGCUAUCAGCAGCAGACACGCCAGCAGCAGCAACAAAACAAAUCCUAUGAAUACUAUCAGAAUGAGGAUGAAGAGCCAGACGAAGAAUACGAUCGCUAUGCUGGCGAAGAGGAGGAGGAGGAAAACGAAGAGGAUCAAACUAAUUAUGAUAUAACCAAUUUGGAGACCUACAAUAGCGGCGGCGGUGGUGGUGGCGGAGGCGUGGGCAGUAUGGCUAUCAGUGGUCAGGCCGAUGAUGAGGCUAGCGAUCGCCAGUGCUUAAUGCAAUACGGUGAUGAGGACGAUGAUGAGCAGGCCGAAGAUGAGGAAUAUUCCAAUUCCGUAGCCUCAGCCUCGGCCAAACAGCGACUAAAAGCUUUAAAGAAACAAAAGGCUGCCCUUAGAUACAAACAGCAGCGCAACUCCCAGGACAAUGUCGAUUGUCCACGCAAUCAACGCAGUUCAGCUUCUUCGACCUCCUCAACAACGGUGGGCAAUACAGGGGCGGCUAAUACAUCACAAGAUGAAACCUCAUUUUCAGUGCCCACUUCACCCAUUUCCCUCUCAACACCGCUCAUCGACAAAGAGACCGCCAAUUCGGUGCCCACCAGUCCAGAACCCUCGAAUUUGGCGGGCGGCAGUGGGGUGGGCGGUCCCGACAGCUCGGCCGUGGUGCGUCGUCAUAAUGGCCAGAUGGUGCGCAAAUGUGAUUCGGCUGGCUUUCGCACCAGCAAAUCGGAGGAUCAUUUACAGCAGAUACAGCGUGAAGGUAUGGGUGCUGUUAUACCAAUUGAUAUUGAUGAGGAUGUAAAUAGUUCUUUGAAUACACUAUUAGAUACCAGACAAGAUUCGGAAGAUUCUCAGGCUUCGGAUCGUGAUCGUAUUGUGUGGACCUAUAAUGCUCCCCUGCAACCGCAUCAAUUGGCAGCUUUACAGCAACAACAGCAGCAGCAACAACAACAACAGUAUUCUACUAACUAUGGUUCAAAUAAUUCUCAUAAUCAUUCACACUCCAGUUCGAUAAGUUCAUCACCACAUCAUUCAGCCGGUAGUCCUGCCUCGCCAACCUCGGUAUCGAGUUCUGUGAUGUCGUCGUCGGGUUCCAAAGGAGCCUUAGGUAUUGGUGGUAAUUUUACAAAUAAUAAUGGUCAUAACUAUCAGCAACAACAACAGCAACAGCAACAAUAUCAGCAAUAUAAUGUCGUUGUUACUAACGGUAGUAUAAAUAAUUCUUGUGGUACUAAUAGUAUAACAACCAACAUGGGUUUAUUGCACUGUCCUAAUGGCGGUGGCGCUGGUAGUGGUGGUGGUGGUGGUGGUAAUAAUAGUAGUGGUGGUAAUAAUAGUUGUACUAACACAAAUAAUACAUUAGGUGGUUGUGGUGGCGGUGCUGGAGGCGGCGGAGGAGAUCAAAGUGUCUCCGAAGCUAUAUCCAAUAUUUCUAGUCCUGACUAUCAGGACGACGAUAACUUACUCAGUUCUCGCGAUCUUUUAGGCGGUAUGAUACUUAGUGAUCCCAGCGAUUCGGAUUCAACAAUAUUGGUUUCUGAUGCUGCUGUGCAGCGUCAACAGCAACAACAACAACAAAGACAUCACCAACAACAGCAACAAAAGUCAUCCGAACACAAAGUUGUUAUACAAGUGCGUGGUGCCGACAAUGCCGCCAAUUCCCAUAAUUCUCAUAAUAACAAUGGUUCCUCAAUGAGAUCUCUGGGUUCAGAACAUAAAAAUUCCGAAGAUGAACUUGCCACACUCGCCGAAGAUGCUGCUGCUCCCAUGCAUCAGCAAUCGACAUCACCAAAUAGUAAUUCCGGCACUUUGGGCGAUGGUCGUGAAUCAUCGCCGCCCGUAUCCGAUGAUGGCAGCGAUGUAGAGUCACUGCAUUCGUAUCAUUAUUCUCCUAAGGCUGUGGAUAUGCCAUCGGCAAUACGACUGGCUAAAAGACUGUAUACUCUUGAUGGUUUCAAGAAAAGUGAUGUGUCACGCCAUUUAAGUAAAAACAAUGACUUCAAUCGUGCCGUGGCUGAUGAAUAUUUGAAAUAUUUCAGUUUCGAAACCAAAACUUUAGAUCAAUCAUUAAGGGAAUUUCUGCAACAAUUCUCGCUAUCGGGUGAAACUCAGGAACGAGAACGUGUUUUAGUGCAUUUUUCCAAACGUUAUUUAGACUGUAAUCCGGGAACAUUCAAUUCUCAGGAUGCUGUUCAUACUUUAACCUGUGCUAUUAUGUUGUUAAACACCGAUUUACAUGGUCAGAAUAUUGGACGGAAAAUGACAUGUAAUGAAUUCAUAGAAAAUUUGGCUGAACUAAAUGAUGGCGAAAGCUUUCCCAAAGAUGUACUCAAGUAUUUAUAUCAGGCCAUCAAAUCGCAACCUUUGGAAUGGGCACUUGAUGAGGAUCCUUCAGAUUUACAGAAACUUCAAGGUGAUAAUAAAAAUCUUCAGCAGAACUCUGGCCAAUUGGGUCAAAAUCCAUUUCUGGAUAUACCCGAGGCAGCCAAUGCUGUGGAAUAUAAAAAAGGCUAUGUUAUGCGCAAAUGUUGUUACGAUGUUAAUUAUAAGAAAACUCCUUUUGGCAAACGUUCUUGGAAAAUGUUUUAUUGUACUCUUAGAGAUUUAGUGUUAUAUUUACAUAAGGAUGAGCAUGGUUUUCGUAAAAGUCAAAUGUCCGACAAUGUACACAAUGCCAUACGAAUACAUCAUGCCUUGGCCACAAAGGCCACCGACUAUACCAAAAAACAACAUGUAUUUCGUUUACAGACAGCCGAUCAGGCUGAAUAUCUAUUCCAAACUAGUGAUUCGAAGGAAUUACAGUCGUGGGUAGAAACUAUAAAUUUUGUAUGUGCCGCCUACUCAGCGCCUCCUUUGGAAGGAGGAGUGGGUAGUCAAAAGAGAUUCCAAAGACCCCUACUACCCAGUUCGCAUACCAAAUUGUUAUUGAAAGAACAAUUGGAGUCACAUGAACAGCAAUUAAAUAAAUUGGAGAAUACAAUAUUAGAACAUAAAAAGGGCCCUAUACCCUCUAAAGGUUUAGCUUUACAAAACUACAAAGAAAAGGAACUAUUUUUACAAUAUGAGGUACGUCGCUACAAGGCGUAUGUGUCAAUUUUAACAGCUAAACUCUUAGCUGAUCAACAACAAUUCGAAUUGCAGCAGUGUAAUCAAUUGAACGAAGAGGAUACCGAUAAAUUCUUUAAAACUCAGGUUGUCGCCACACAACCCAUAUGUUUACAACCAAUGCCAACGUCUUCAGCAGCACCAAAUAGUAUUAAUGCUAAUGAGCAGCAACUGCAACUGCAGCAGCAGCAGCAACUUCAACAAUCAUCACAAUCUCAACCUCAAUUGCAACAGCAGCAACAACAACAACAACCAGCAGCAGCAUCUGGAAACAGGAAAAAAGAGAAAAAGAAGUAAGGCUUUUGUUUGAAAGCAUAUUUAAUUUUUGGUUGUUUUCAUUCAAUAUCAUAUCAACAACAUUAAAUCAUUAUUUAUUUAACAAAAAGAACACAAAUAAACGAACGAAACAAUAAUUGGUAAGUUUUUUUUUAUAAACUAUACUCUCUAUAUAGAUUUAAUAACGUAGAGGAAAGAAAAUCUUAAGCAGGUACUAAAUACAAACAGAUUUAUGUAUUUAACGAAAUUGCAAUAAUUUUGAAAUGAAUUUAUUUAAUCUAUUUAAGUUACUACUGUGUUUUUAUAUAACAGCUUUUGCUUUUAAAUUUAUUAAAUUUACUUUAUUUAUGCGCUUAAACAAAUCUGUAUGGAAUAAUAUGUUAAAAAAAAGUCCUCAAAAUUUCAAGAAAAUCAACCAGAAUUAAAUUAGAUUUUAUUUUUUUAUAAAAAAGCAAAAUAAUUCGUG